AUGGUUAAACCAUGGCAUACUCAAGCAGUGGAACACUAUAAAUUGUGGUUACCAGUGACUCAGAAACUGAGCUUCCGAAAAUUUAUUGAACAAUCUGACUUACUAGAAGAACUUAAAUAUGACUUCAAUGAAAAAGCUGAAUUGAGACACACUGAGACACAUGGGCCUUUUGCCUUUAACUAUUAUAAGAAUGUCCUGGAGAGGAAUAGCAAGCGAUACUGGGCCCUUGGCCAUUUGCUUGAACAAUACAUUUAUGAACUUUUGGAGAAAGUGUGCAAAUUACAAAAAGUAUAUAUCCCAUCAGAGGCUGAUAAGGAACCAAGAAGCUUCUUUUUCAUGAGUGAGAGAGCGUUAUCAAAUCAUCAUUCUGCUCUUCUUGUCCUCCUUCAAGACCACGGGGUCUUUAGAGCUGGUCAGUGGAGUCAGCAGGCAAUAAUACAUCAUGGUCUCCAACAUGGAAGUCAGAUACCAUGUAUUCAAAUGGCAUUGCAGGCACAUUAUGAUGUAAUUGUGCUAAACCCCAAUGACAAUUUUGUGGACCAGCAGACAGGAAAAGAGUGGAAAGGCCUUUUAACACAAAAUGUUGAGUUCUCUUCCAGAAAAAUGUUUCAGACAGAGAGCUUUUUCUCUCUCCAGGAGUCUCUCCAAUGUAUUCCAAAAAGAUGCAGCAACACUCCUGAAGAACACAUGGCUUAUAUUUGGGAUUACUUCAUUUCAAAGACUGAAGGCAAGGAUGUUGCCUUCAUUGUACACGGUUAUGGAGGCUUGGUUUUUAUGGACUUGCUUGUUCGAAAAAAGUGGGAUGUGAUGAGCAAAGUAUACGCUGUUGCACUUAUUGACUCUGAACAUCAUGUAGGACACCAGUUGGGAAGCGAUGUCCAGUUAUUAGAAUGGAUAAAGCAGCACUGCCGUGAAUGGGUGACAAGUCCGAAGCCUUUGGAUAAACCUGCAACAACCGUUUUGAAAAAGGAGUUUCCUACAGUUUCUGCUGGUACAGAAAAACACAACUUAGCCCCUUCCUCUAGCCUUCAGUCAAUUUUUAAAUACUUUAGAAAAGCUUUGAAAGCCAAAGCAGCUAAUUUCUCUCGAGUGUCCAUAGUGACUAGAAGCUCCACAAAAAGAAAGCAAAGUGCUUAA